AUGGAACUAUUCAUGCGCCCAAUAGCUGAUGAUCUUAAUUCUGUCACAGAUGAGGCUCUGGCAACCCUUCUCACAACUGCUCCUAUUCUCCAUCAGCUAGGUGGAACGACGGUUGUGCGGCUUUCAGAGAGUUUGAUCAUGAAGGGUGGCGGCAGUGUCAUGGCUAGUGAAGCGGAAAUGCUUCGUCUUAUUGCUUCCAGAACCACUAUUCGAGCCCCACGAGUCUAUCGCUCAUUCCAGGUAAAAGAUGAUACCCAAUAUUUUGGCACAUCUGGGUAUAUUGUCAUGGAUUUUAUCCCAGGCCAACCGCUGGAUGAGUGCUGGAACAGCCUAUCCCGUGACACCCAAGGGAAAAUCGCUGCGCAGGGUCGGUUCUUCACAGAUUUUAGCGCUGGGCCAUUUAUGGACCCUGCUGAAAUGGAAGCUUGGUUUAAUCACAAGCUAGAAAUCUGCAAGAGCGUCCAUCAAGCCCCAAAAGUCGUUCCGCCAUUCCAUUUUACCAAGUUUGUCCUUACAAACCACGACAUCAGUCCUCGAAACAUGAUCUUAGAUCAGCAUGAACAGGUGUGGUUGAUUGACUGGGCAUAUUCCGGUGCAUAUCCUCCCGUCUUUGAAAGUGCAGCAUUGUCGAUCCAGCCGUUUUUCACUGAUUUCAACGAAGCGGUAUUAUCCCUUAUUCCACGUUACCCUAAGGAAGAAAUGCAACUUGAUUCUAUUGCAUAUGAAUUAACCACCGCGGCACUGGCAUAUAGGAGACUGAGAUGGAAGCCGACUGCACCCGUCGCGACGGAAAUAGCGGUUGGAGGAGUUGGAGGAAAUUCAGUUGGACAACAAUAA